AGAGGGCUCAGGCAGAGUGGGACAAGCUGUAGGCACGCAGUAUGUUUGCCAGCAGCCUGCAACUGGUGGGGCUGCUCUGGUGCCUGGGUUUGAGUCGUGCAGAGACAGAGAGUGAAGGGAGUCACGGGGCUGAAGAGCUGGUGCUCAGGAAUGCGAUGCUGCCCGCCGCCCCCGGUAACACCACUGACAGCCGUUCGCCAGCAGCAGCCUCGGCGAUCAGGACUAAAGGAGCAACUGUCAAAGGAACUUCAGCAGCAGCAGAUCAAUUACACGUGGAGCGCGCGGAGCAGCUUUUCGAGGAGCUGACGGAUUACAGAUUCAUAUUCCCGUGUGUUGUGUCCGGGAAGAGGAAGCGGAGUUUGGCCGCCUCAUUGCAGGGCAGCUACCCAAAACACAUCAGCAUCCUGGUGGAGCUCGCGGGGGAGCACCUAAUGCUGGAUCUCAGCAGGAACACUGUCCUCUUGCCGAGAGGCUUCCAGGUCUCACACUACGAUUUGGAUGGGUCUCUGGUGACAGAGCAGGAUAAGGAACCGUCUCAGUGCUACUACGAGGGCUCCGUCCGAGGCUUCUCAGGAUCUACGGUCUCAGCCAGCACCUGCUCGGGACUCAGCGCUCUGAUUGUUCUCAGUAAUCGGACUUACGUCAUCGAGCACCUGGGGGAGGCUGAGCACGGGCGGCAUUUGCUAUACAGACCCGAAGAUCUCAAGUCAGUGCCUGGACGGUGUGGAGUGACAAACACGUCUCCCGUGUCAGUCUUGAUCCAGGACCUUCAACACUUACACCGGAUGAAGAAGAUGGAUUUGAUGGAAGAGACAAAAUACGUGGAGUUGGUGCUGGUAGCAGACAACUCACAGUACCUGAAAGAGAAGAAAAAUAAUGAAGCUGUGGUGAAGAGGAUGGUCAACAUUGCAAACAUGAUAGACGUGUAUUACAGACAACUGAACAUCCGGAUUGCUCUGAUUGGAGUCGAGGUGUGGACAAUAGACCAAAUCACAGUGGACAGAGAUCCUCAGAAAACUCUGCCCCGCUUCCUUGACUGGAGAAAGAACAAGCUGCUCCCACGCAAGUACAAUGACAACGCACAGCUCAUCAUCGGCAGUACCUUUACAGGGGAAGCUGUAGGCUUGGCAUCACUUAGCACCAUCUGUCUGGCCCAAGGAUCAGGAGGAAUAAACCAGGACACUGCCACCAACAUCCUGGUGAUUUCUGCUACGGUGGCCCACGAGCUCGGACACAACCUUGGACUGACUCACGACACUGUGGAACGCAAGUGUACCUGUCCUCAAAAGGAGCCUGUCUGCAUCAUGGAAGAAGCAAUAGGCCUGGUGCCACCGACAGCAUUCAGCAGCUGCAGCCGAGAUGACUUGAUGAGGACCCUGCUUUACGGAAGUGGAUUUUGUCUCUUCAACAUGCCCAAUAUGGAGCAGCUGGUGGGAGGUCCGAAGUGUGGCAACAUGUACGUGGAGAAAGGCGAGCAAUGUGACUGCGGCAAGCCUGAGGAAUGUUCAGACCCUUGCUGCGAGCCGUCAACUUGCAGAUUCACGCAUGGUGCGAAGUGUUCAUCUGCUGGUGCUUGCUGUAAGAAAUGUCAGUUUCUGCCGGCAGGCACGGUCUGUAGACCAAAGCGGGGAGAAUGCGACUUGCCAGAGUUCUGCACAGGCCAAUCCCAGGACUGCCCCAACGAUUGCUACAUGAAAGAUGGUCACACGUGCAGCAAAGGAAGUCUGUACUGCAACCGUGGGACCUGCCAGUCUACCGAUCAGCAAUGCCAGGGCAUCUGGGGUCCAGACUCCAGCUCUGCUGCAAACAUUUGCUAUGAAGUUAUAAAUCAGCAAGGGAAUGAGUUUGGGAACUGUGGUGGAGACAAAGAUCGAGGAUACAAAAUGUGCCAGCCUGGGGAUGAACACUGUGGAAAACUCCAAUGUAACAGCAAGACCGGAUUUAAGUUCCCAGGAGGAGGAAACGCAAAUAUCAUACAGAGUACUGUUACUUCCAAAGGGGUGAAGUAUGAAUGCUGGGCGAUACUAAAUGACUUCGCUGACGCCCAAAGUCCAGACUGGGUUAAAGAAGGGACGAAAUGUGGACAUAACAAGGCCUGUAUAGAUGGCAGGUGCCAGAACGUGUCACUGUUCAACAUAGAAAGCUGUGACAAGACCUGCAAUAACAAAGGGGUUUGCAACAAUAACAACAAUUGUCAUUGUGAAAAUGGCUGGGCUCCACCCUUUUGCGAUAAAAAGGGGCGAGGAGGCAGCAAGGACAGUGGGCCCACAGAGGAAAUUAAAAAAAGUACUAAAGAAACACUGAACCCAAUUCCUCUGGUUAUUGCAAUUGCGGCACCAGCCUUAGCAAUUACAAUGCUAACCUACUCUAUGCAGUGCCGAAGAAAGAAGGUGAAAGGACGUAGAAGAUCUGCAGUGAAAGCAGUUGGAAGUUAUUGUUCCAGCAUUCCCUUGGGUGCUUCCCCUGAAGUCCGGAGUUCACACCUAAGCAGCACAGUCUGACCUGGGAGUGGUGGGUGACUGGAAUAUGCUGCCAAGGAAAAGCAGUUAUCACACGGCACGGCCUCUCCGGUGAAUGAUAUCUGUAAUCUGUCAAGUAGGGGACCGUGCACAAUUCUGAUUUGAUGGAGACAGAUGUGAGAGUAUGGAGGAACAUCUGGAAAACUUCUAAAAUGCCCGCUUUGCUGCCGCUGCUACUGUGCGGUAACCAGAAUCUCCGGAGCAGAAGGCCCCGAAUCCUCGGCUUUGCUUGUUUCAGUGGCUGGGGCUAGGUCGAAGACGCUCGGUCCAGGAUGGCACUCGGGAGGCUAUAUCGGAGGGGCUGGUUGGAGGCUCAAAGUUUUCGGUCGGACAGACAGACUCAGUGUUGGCUGUGGUCGGCUGCUUCCAAGGCAUUGGGAAGUUGACGGUGCCUGGAGGUUUAUGGCAGGGAGUUUCUCCCUUUUGCCGCCUGCUAUCGGAGACUCGGGAGUCGAUCGACUCGGGGACUUUGAGACUCUUUUUACCGUGCCCAUGGUUUGUUCUUCAUCAAAUUAUGGUAUUGCUUUGCACUGCUGUAACUAUAUGUUAUAAUUAUGUGGUUCUGUCAGUGUUAGUCUUUGGUUUGUCCUGUUUUCUGUGAUAUCACUCCGGAGAAACAUUGUAUCAUUUCUUAAUGCAUGUAUGCAUUUCUAAACGACAAUAAAAGAGGACUGACUGUUCUUAUAAUCUAAAAAAAAUCAGAGACAUUUAGACAGGCACAUGAGCAAGUAGGGGAUGGUGGGAUAUAGCCCAUGUCCAGACAGAUGGGUUGAGCUUAAACUGGCAUUUGGUUAAGAUGGGCUAAAGGGUUUGUUCCUGUGAUGUACUGUUCGAUGAUCUCU